AUGAUCAACUGGUUCCAAAGCAAGGUAACUCCAAAAUCGCAGCAAGAUGACGGCUCGCAAACGAUCAAAUCCCUGCCGGCGUCCUGGUACAGGUCAUCAGCUAUGUACGAGCUUGAAAGACGGGCCAUUUUCUCUCGUAGGUGGCUGCUCGUCUCCCACAGAGCUCGCUUUGCCGUUCCCGGCGAUUAUGUUCGAAUCACUGAGGCCGGUUUCACUUUCUUCCUCAUCAAAGACCGUCAGGGCCAGAUCAAAGCGCACCAUAAUGUGUGCAGGCAUCGAGCCUAUCCCUUGAUAGAGAAUGAGCGGGGACAUCUCAAUAUUAUUGCUUGCAAGUACCAUGGAUGGUCUUACGGUCUUGACGGCAAUCUUGCAAAAGCCCCAAAGUACCAAGACGCACCGGCAUUCGAUAAAUCAAUCAACGGACUAUUCCGUAUUCACGUCCAUGUUGAUAAUAUGGGCUUCAUCUGGGUCAACCUAGACUCCAAACACGCACCAGAAGUCUUGUGGGAGCAGGAUUUCGCGUCCGUCGAUCUCCAGCCACGACUGCAGCAUUUCAACAUGGACAAAUACCGCUUCGAUCAUCAAUGGGAGAUGAUAGGCGAAUACAACUGGAAAACGCUGGCGGACAACUACAAUGAGUGCUAUCAUUGCCCAACUGGCCACCCUGCACUCAACAGCCUCACAGAUAUCUCCAAAUACUGGGUCGAGACAGCAGGUGGCCACAUCCAACACUACAAUGUUGACAAGCCAGAUCGCGAAGGAAUGGGUAUUUACAGCACUUACUACUACCCCAAUGCGUCCAUGACAAUCUCGCCGAUAUUCUUCUACAUAAUGCGUGUGAUUCCCAUCUCAGCAAAUCAAACAAAGAUGGAAUACGAAUUCUAUCGGCACGAGGAAGCAACGGACGAGGAAUUUGCAGAAAUAACCUCCUGCUUCAGGCAGAUUCUGAGCGAGGACAAGGACUUGUGCACGGGGGCACAGAAGAACCUGAACUCAGGUAUCUUUCUCAACGGGGAACUCCAUCCUCAAGCCGAAAAGGGACCGCUUUUCUUCCAGGCACUGACACGGGACAUCGUGACUUCCCACCAUGAACAAGAAGAGCAGCAGGGCGCAGCGAUCUGGCCAGCCACUCCCAAGCAGAUGACUGGUGAGCAGACUAAAGCAGAUAUGGACUUUUGUAAUAGUCUGCAGUGCGCGGGAGAUGAUGUGGACCGAGGUCUGCUAGCGUGGUGA